AUGUUCACAACGCCAUACGGAAUAGAUUAUCCAUGCGAUGAUUCUCCAGUUGGAUUGGGUACACAGCCCGGCACGGCUGCACAGACACCUGCGCGUGCGGAUGACACGAUGAACCAGGCUAGACCAGGUCUUGUAUUAGCCUCUGCGGAUUUAAAUGAAGCAGAAGCAGAAGCGUGUGGUGACGGCGCAAUAAGGGGCGCUUCUACAGAGGGUGACAUCAUCACUCAGAGUGAGGGUGACAUCAUUGCUCGGAAUGAGGGUGAUGCGAUGCAUGAGUCACGUGGUGUGGAGGUUGCAGUGGCAUGUAAGAGUGAUGGCGCAUUGCGCAUCGAUCUUGAAGGCGGAGAGAACGUAGUGAAAGUGGAUGGAGAUGGAUUGGCAGUGGCAUACGUACCUGGCCAUGAUGCAGUGGGUGGUACAGAACCGGCCAGUACAAAACAUGGGAGUAGCAAUAUGCAAGCAAACGCACAAAUGUCUGAUAGUGACUACGAUAUGGAACUGCUCUCGGAUGGAGAUGGGGAUGAACAACCAAGUGUGGGGAAGCAGAGUGAUUCGAUUGAGGAUUCGCAACACGGCUUAAAGAUCCACCAACAGCACUCAUCGCCCAUUGAUGCUGACGGUCGAGUUCAUGUCGAGAGUGAGGGAAAUGAGCGUGCAACUCACACACGGACGCAGGUGGAGUCAGUUGUCCCUGAUGUCGGCCACAACGAGCGCUGGUCCAUUCCGGAGGUCACUCACUCGCCACAAGGUACCACGUUGGACUCAACUGCUCAGCCCGGUGUCCCCAAGCGGAGGAAGAUUGCGGAUAGCCGUUCUGAUUUUGGCGCUCACAUUCUGGGAUCCACAUCCGUUGACGAGAGCGUUUCCCAAUGCGUGACCGAACAGUUGAAAGAAGCAUUUAGCAAGGAUCCGCAAGCUGUGCCUGCCUAUGCGCAGACGAGUCCUUCUGUUGCCCAAUCAGCGCCACCACAAACGCUUACAAAGACGUCGUUAACGCCUCUACCCUCAGCUGACACGUCACACACAGUCGAUAACAUCGCAAGCGAAGGACUGAAAAGCUCAUUCGCCAAACCUCCGAGUGCCACUCCCGCUCAUCAGCCAGCCCCAGUGACCACUGUGAAUCAACAGCUAACUGCCGAGAAUGCGACUCUCGCUAAGAAGAAGGCAAAUCAAUUGGAGGCCAUUCGUAGAAUGCGCGAACAGCGAGAGUCUCAGUCGAGCACCGACGCCGAGUUUCUGCAACGACAAAGGAAUAAAACUCCCUCAGGAGUCCACAGAAGCACUAAAGCAUCCACUCUUUCACAACAAUCGAAGCCUGUAUCACCAGCCGAGUCUGUCAAGACGAUAUCUGGAUUGAUAAGAUCCGAUUCGAUGAAUCUCCGCAAUAUUCAAAAGCAAAGGCUUGGGCUCGCAUUGGAAAUAGGGAAUAAGUUGCAUUUUAGUGGCAGAUUAUCGUCUCUCUCGACAUUCGAUAUCAAGCGAAGGGGUGAGCUUCUGGCACGAAAGCACUCAAGUGAUGUAGUGCUGGCGUCAGAACAACAAACAGAGCUGAACGUGCUUCUGGCAAAGAUUGAGAAAGAGAACAUCGAGUUCAGAAAGGCGGAGGAGGGGUGGAUCCGCAACCACAGUGCUGUGUACGACUAUAUCCCGUUAUCUGUGUCAGCGUGGGCCAAACGGCAUAUUGAGAAGAAAUGUGCCAGUCUAGUCCGAGAUCGUAGUCGGCACUUCCAGCUGCUGAAUCAGAUUACUUGGUCUAAAAUAGACCAGCGCGGUAGGGAGAACUAUGGUUCGUGGUUGGAGGACCAACUGAGUCUGACUCCCGAUUUCAAGCCUGUGAUGAUUGAGAGCGAUCCAAUGGUGUACAAAACGGGGCAUGUGCUACACCUUCAGCCCAAUGCGCGUGUGGCGAAUGUACCGUUCGAUUUGCACCAUAACCCCUUGUCGUCGAGUAAACAUGCAGAUCCUAUGUCUCAAGAUAUUACGAACCAUCCCUCGAGUCGACAACAUGCGCAAGCUGGCAACAGUGCACAAAUCAAACACAGAUGGAUCAACAAGUCUGUGCCACUUUUAAGGGAAGACACCAGGGCGUUGGAGUUGGCAGCGCAGUAUGAAGUUGAUUUUCUGGUGACAGCUUCCGCCUUGGAGUGCAUAGCCAGUUCCGCUCCAGCGCCUCACAUGGGGUCCUGGGAAAUUCCCAUCAAUUGUGUGGAUACUAAAACAGACGAGAAACAAUUGAUCAUACUCGAGAAACCGCUACCAAAAAAAACAUAUACGCCGAAGACCGCCAGCUGUUUUGCAAUGAAGCACAUGGCCCGCUCCAUGAUCACUCGCAUAGACCACCCAACCAUGGCGUUCUCACAAGACUCCGCUCAGUCUGUGUCGAAUUCUGAUGCCAGAAAUGAACCAGUUGCUGGUUUGCAAGACAACAAACAUCUGGCUGACCGUAGGGAGUCGGUAACGCGGACAGCCACGGAGAGUGUGGGCGGAACCACGAUAGAUGUAUCGGACGAUAAUCUUGUGUACGCGCUGUGGUCUAUCGGGAAGCACAAGAUGCUGGUGCGCAUGAGUCUGGCGGGCUAUGUCCAGGACAGCCCGACCACUACCAGGGUCGUUUCUGUGAGCGCCAAGCCGGAGUAUCUACCUACUUGUCAAGGUAUUAUCGGACCAGAGGAAGAGACGGUGGAGGAAACUGCACGAUGGUGGGUGCGGACUCUGCUGAGGCCCAACGCGCUCCUUCUAUUGGCUCGGUGCGACAUGAUACACAACACAAUGCGCUUUGAACUGCGAGAUAUUCUUGGACAGGCAAUUCAACCGAAUGCAGACUUAUGUGAGGACGAGAGCACCUAUAAUCUACAUACGGCCCAUUCACAAACCGCAAUCUACAGUCAGCAGCCUCCUCCGGCGCUACAUUCGGCUCACAUACCGCUUUUCAAGACCUCCGAGGGCGAUCCGUGGCCAGCUGGGCUAUUCCCGCCGAGCGUGCCAAUGACAAUCGAUGAGGCACUUGCGAAAUUGCCGAAGAAGAAGUACUGUUUUGCUUUCGCCCGCGAAGGAAUAUGUCCUGCUCAGCAGUGUCCAUACCAGCAUGUGGCCAAGACGACUUUAAUUGAGAUGGCGGAACAAGGCGUGAGGG